ACUUCUGGUUGUUAUAUACAUUUACUUCAGAUUCCAUCAACUUAGAGAUUCUGGGUUCUCUUUGUCCAUUCUUGGAAAGCUUCAAGAUUUCUGCGUUUUCUUCAUCAAGUUCUCUGCUUGAGGAGAUGACUAUCUCAACAGUAUUUGAUGACCAAAGAGAUCAAUUUCCUAUUGGAAUGCGUGUUCUCAUCGUCGACGAUGAUGUCACUUGCCUGCGGGUCUUGGAGACCAUGCUUCACAAGUGCCAGUAUCAUGUUACGGCUACUAGUCAUGCAUUUACAGCAUUGGAAUUGUUAAGAGAAAACAGGAACAAGUUUGACUUGGUUAUCAGCGAUGUCCAGAUGCCAGAUAUGGAUGGAUUUAAGUUGCUCGAGCUCGUGGGACUUGAGAUGGAUCUCCCUGUUAUAAUGUUGUCUUCAAAUGGAGAUCAUGAACUUGUGAUGAAGGGAGUAACCCAUGGAGCUUGUGACUAUCUGGUAAAGCCAGUCCGAAUUCAGGAGUUGAAGAACAUCUGGCAACAUGUUGUCAGGAGAAAGAAGGGUGAUUCAAAGGACCAGACAAAUUCUGGCAAUCAGGACAAGUCUCACAUUGGAAGUUGUGGUCAAGGCAUGGGUAAUUCCGAUCAGAAUGUGAAGCUAAAUAAAAAACGGAAGGAUCAGGAUGAGGAUGAGGAUGAUAAUUGCGAUGAGGAUGGGUAUGAUAAUGAUGACCCUUCAACUCAGAAAAAGCCUCGCGUUGUUUGGUCCGUAGACUUGCAUCGCAAGUUUGUUGCUGCUGUUAAUAAGUUGGGCAUUGACAAGGCUGUACCAAAAAAGAUUCUAGAUUUGAUGAAUGAGGAUAAACUGACUAGAGAAAAUGUGGCAAGCCAUCUCCAGAAAUUUAGACUUUAUCUCAAAAGAAUCAGCUGUGCAGCAAACCAACAAGCUAACAUGAUGGCAGCUAUAGGCAGUUCAGAUUCUUCUUAUUUGCGAAUGGGUUCUUUCAAUGGAGUUCGAAAUUACCAAGCAUUGACUGGCCCUGGGCAGUUUAACAACACUGGUUUUAGAUCCAUGCCACUUAAUGGGAUGAUUGGAAGAGUGAACACUCCAGCUGGUCUGGGACUGCAUUGCCUGCCAUCAUCAGGAUCAUUUAAAUUGGGUCAGGGACAACGUGCAAGCAACUCGAUUCUUGAUCAGGGAAUAUUUCAUGGAAACCGUAAUGGAAGUAUGCUUCAAGGAAAUUUGGAACUUGAUCAACGGCAUAUUAAGGGUGCCACCUCCGUGCAAGACCUCUCUGCUGGUAUCAAUGGUACACCAGUUUUUCCCAACUCCAGUGGUUUUUCAGAUGCAAAACUUGCCAUGAGUAGAUCAACUGAUGCACUCGGGCUUACAGACAACACAGUCUUAAGACACCCUCAAGAUUUCCAAGGUGGAAGAGAAUACGUAAACCAGUCUUCCCUUCCAGUGGCUCCCUUAAAAACAGAAUAUCCUGCCUCCUUUAUGGAUCAUGGUAGAUUGAAUGACAGCUGGUCAAGCGCUGCUCAGUCAUCUAUUUUCCGGUCAAAUUCUUUUCCAAACACGAGGGAGAGUGUACCUGUUGCAAUAUCUCCGCAAAUGCGGAACUCUCAGUUUGAUGUUGCUACUAUAAAUUCAGUCUCCAGCCAAUUGCAGGUUCCAAGACCAGAACUGCUGAUUCAACCUUCAUCAAUUAGUAGCACUGCUAGGCAGAUGAUAGAUAGUGAUCCAACUCAGGGAUGGAUGUGGAUGGAUCAUAAGCAGGACUCCCCAUACCACCACUCGGAUGCUAUAAGUAACUCCACGGGCUCUUUGAUGCCUGCUAAUAUUCCUGUGGAUUUUGACCAGAAUUUGGACUCAAAAGGCACUACAUUACAAAGAAACAUGAACAUGGACUUCAAUUCCAUUGGACAGCAAAAUUUUCUUGACCCUUUGCACAUAAAAUUUGAUGACGUUGAAAGAUCACUGGAUACAUCAAUGAACUUGGAGCCAGGGUACGUUAUGGACCAAAGGAAGCCACAGGGUGGGCUAGUGUCAAAUAAUCAUGGAUUAUUGGAUGAUUUAGUGGGUGCAAUGACGAAUCAGCUGGAAAAGAGAUGAGUAACAUCUAUGGGAAGGAUAGUUCGACCAGAGAAAGUUGGAAAGAUCCAGUACUUGCUGUUCUUUGCGAGAUGAGAAUUUACUUGUAGUAAAUUUCAUGGCAUUUGUGUUGGUCUCUACAUUAAUCGAAAGUUUUGUAUUUUAUUAGCAGCAAAACAACUUAUUUGCUCUUUCUCUCCAAUAGGCAGUCUCUUUAGUUACGUGAAAAUGAGCGUCAGUUUCUUGUUAAUUGAACGAAUAAUUGCUUGCAGCCUUUGCUCAAUCUGUACCUACUUACAAUGAAAGGGCAUUGUCUGUUUCUGGAUUAGCGUUUAAUCAUAAUUCAUUAACUAUACAGUGUUCA